AUGAGCAAGGCACCCUCCGCCGAAUCUGCUAGAUCCAAGUCACACACUGCAAUCACGGCCGUAUUGCUGCGCAUACUACUAAAUAUGUCAGUCCCAGACACCUUCAAUUUGCAACUAGUAAAGUACACUAACGUCGCCGCGUUAGCAGUCCUAGCUUAUGACUACUUUGUCACGUUACACUCUGAAGUCCAGUGGUCUUUGGGACGGAAGUGGGGGGUCGUUCGCACUACCUUCAUGGUUUCGCGAUAUGUGCCUUUUGCUGGUGCAAUCAUGACCUCGUACACUGCUAUUAAGACAUGGGGCACGCAAAAUUGUGUGCCAUUUAAUAAUGCUACAAAUGGUAUGCAUUUCCUAGGAAUCAUUGCCUCGGAAGGAUUGUUGAUUGCCAGAAUAUACGGCUUUUCUGGCAAUAACAACACUUACCUGAUCGUUCUCCUCUGUUUUGCUUCGACCAUCUUGGUGAUGGCUGUGAUUAUAAGCGCUGUCCCUAUCAAUUGGAACAUGGCAGGCUCCCCACCUUGCGCGUUUGAGGGGAGUCGUCAUAGUGCCCUUCCGUAUGGACUCUUAGUGUUCCUCGAGAUCGUUCUUAUGUCCACCACCGCAUAUUUGAGAUAUCGACAUUAUCUUGGUUCUCAUAGCACGCUGAUGAGAAGUAUCUAUCGCGAUGGACUGCUCUACAUGUUCUGCAUCAUAAUGAUAUCAUCAGCCAAUGUGAUCGUAAUCAGCGUCCUACCUCUCUCGUACAGCGAGAUGCUAAACGCACCCCAGAUUGUUAUACAUAGCGUUCUUGCUUCUCGCAUACUGUUCAAUCUUCCAGUGAACAAGGCGCCGGUCUUCCCCACAUACCAAUCGACGCCUUCAACGGAAAUUUUAUCGUGUCCACCCGAGUUUGAUGCGAUGUCUGAAGGCGGUCAGACAGUUUGUGACGUUGACCACAAUCAAGUUUAG